UCCUAAUGGUCUGACUAAUUUAGGAUUACUGUUUUGUGCCCUUUACGCACGGGUUGAGUUUGGACUAUACGUCUCCUUUAAGAAGUCCAAAUGCCCCCUCUCCUCCUCCACCUCCCUUUCCACGCUCCUCACAUCUCAUAGAGGUGUUAUUGCAUUAAGAAUAAACCAGGCGAGCGAUCAAAGACACGAAUGGAGUUUGCUUUUCAACUUUCGCUACGGGAUCGUUGACGGGGAUAUAGAAAAAUAAAGCAAGCUUUAAAACAACGGUUUGGUUAUUGGUUUAAUCAUCGGACAGCGUCGUGAACAGGAUUUCUAACUGAUAUCCAGUCUUGCGUUUGGUAAACUGGGUGGAUUACAAUGUUAUUGUUCAUCGCGGGCACUUGAGUUGGCUAUUCUGCAGAGUUUUUGAAUGCGGUGUUUGGCGUCCUACUCCCCGGCUCGCAGCACGGAUAUCUGGAAGUGUUGAGAACAGGGAGUCGUUGAAACGGAGUCCUCAUGGCGCAACGGUACGAAGAUAUGGUACAUUACGGCAUGGAUGCGGUCGGGAUGCCGUCCCCGAUGUACGGCGAUCCUCACGCCGCAAGAGCGAUGCAGGCGAUUCACUCGAGUCACGGCCCCGCGCUGCACGGGCACCCGUACCCGCACCCCACAGGUCCCGGUAUUCUGCCGCCUGUUAACGACGCACUGAAACGGGACAAAGACGCAAUUUACGGACACCCCCUCUUCCCUCUGCUUGCACUAGUUUUCGAAAAAUGUGAAUUGGCGACUUGUACGCCGAGAGAAAGCGGCGUUACUGGAGAUGUGUGCUCAUCUGAAUCAUUUGACGAAGACAUUACAAUAUUCUCAAAACAGAUAAGGGCGGAAAACCCUUUCUUCUCGUCUAAUCCAGACUUGGAUAAUUUGAUGAUUCAAGCCAUACAAGUGUUACGAUUUCAUCUCCUCGAAUUAGAGAAGGUGCACGAGCUAUGCGAUAAUUUCUGUCACCGCUACAUUAGCUGUCUGAAGGGAAAGAUGCCCAUAGAUCUGGUGGUCGAUGAUAAAGAGGGGGGAUCCAGAUCUGACGGCGAAGAAUUUACACGCACUCCAGGGGGGGCAGAGCAGGUGUGCUGGAGGGAAGAUGAUGCUGCAUCGGUUCAUUCUGCCGAUGCGCCCGGUGCCUGCAGUAGACACCCCAGCUCACACAAUGGAGACAACAGCAGCGAGCACGGUGACUUUUUGGAUCAGGGUGUUGCCUCCCCAAGCACAGGCGAAGAAGAUGAUCCGGAUAAAGACAGGAAGAACAACAAGAAAAGAGGGAUUUUUCCCAAGGUGGCAACCAACGUCAUGAGGGCAUGGCUGUUUCAGCACCUCACGCACCCGUACCCCUCUGAGGAACAGAAGAGGCAGCUGUCCCAAGACACAGGGCUGACCAUUCUCCAGGUCAACAACUGGUUUAUAAAUGCCAGGAGGAGGAUCGUCCAGCCGAUGAUCGACCAGUCCAACCGUGCUGUAGGUCAUGGUGGCCCCUACACACCAGAUGGUCAGCCAAUGGGAGGUUUCGUAAUGGACGGGCAGUCACACAUGGGCAUCAGACCACCAGCAGCUCUCGGCAGUCUUGGGGGAGUGAAUAUGGGGUUAGACAGUCAAUGGCACUACAUGUAAACGGUCCACCCUGCCAUCCUGCUUAACAUAGCAAACAAGAGAGUCGGGCAUUUCGGUGAACGGAUUUGUCCUCUGCACACGUUCGGAAAAUGGAUUUUUAAAUGGCCUAUAAUUCUACGGCAUGGACACCUGUAUAAAAAACAUAAAACGCCAGCUUUUGGAACACUCUAGAAUUCCUGCAAGAGACUUUCAAGAUGGCCGCCUCGACUCGUGUUCAGCGUGAUGGGCAGAUCAACAGUAUUGCAAACAAUGUCGAAAAGAAAUGCCCCAACACCUGGACAUACCCGCCGUGGGCCCGGGAGAUUCUUUAACGUGACCUCUCACCUGGAACCAGGUGAUUCUUCCACCGACCUUAAAGGUCAAAACAAAGUCUCGCGUUUCAACUCAAGUGCCACCUGUAAUGAAGAGUCAUUAUUCUCCAAACAAAAGACGUAGAGUCUUUCUGCAGUGGGCGUCGCGCCGGCAAACAUCAACAUCGCGUUUGCAGACGUCCGCUUGUCUGGAAUAGGCAAUGCGAAAGGCCAUGAGAACUUUUGACUGUCUAAGCAAUGCAAUACGAUACCAAAUUCUGUAUAUAAAGCUGCUGGAUGUGUCAGAUAUGAUACAGUUAUGAAUGCAACAAAAGGUUUCACAUGCACGUUUAGCUGCAGUAUACAACUCUUGAGUCUGUUUGAGAUCACGAGACUUUGAAAGGUUAUAAUGUUUGUUAAUUUUCUGAAUUUGACUGACGUGAACGGAAGUGUAUUUUCACACUAUGUGUGUGUGUGUGUGUUUGGGUUUCAGUAAGUGUGGGUUUACUCGCAUAAAAAUUCAUACCUCAA